GUUAAACUCAAAGUAUGAAAAACGCUUAAAAUGGAGUCUUCUGAUGAAGAGAAUUUUGAAGAUGCCAGUGACUUAUUUGAAAAUGAGGAGCAACUUGAUCUGUCUGGAACCCAGCCUGCUGAAUCAAACCUGGAAAAACCAAUAGCUAAAGAAGAUGUCUCAGCACCAUUUGACAUCACAGUACAUUCUACUGGGACCAGCUAUGUUAAGAUUGGGUGGAACUGUUUAGACAACAUUUCAAAAUUUGAGCUGACUUACUCUAGCAGCACUUCAGCAGCAUCUUCAAGCACCCAGAUAAUUUCAGACACUUUUACUGAGGUGACAGGCCUGUGUCCAGCUCCAAUCUCACCUGAAAAUAUCAAAGUUAAAAGUGUUGAUAGCACAUCAGUUACUUUAACCUGGCAUGCACCUGCUUCAUUAGAAAGGAAGUACCAUGUUUUGUGUAUGCAUAAUGGCAGACCUUUUAAGGAAGAGGAAACAGAAACCAACACAAUUGUAAUUAAUGAUCUAACUCCUUUAAUCAAAACAGCAACUCAGUUUGAGAGCUUUCUUCAGGACAUUGGGUUGAAGAAACAUCUCAAAGAUAAGCUCUCAUUGACUACAGUACUACAGUUGGACAGAAGCACUGUGACAGACGACCCAGCACAGUCCCUUUCAGCUUUACCUUGGCUUUUCCUCAAGAAACUCAUGAUGGUAAAUGUGACUGCAAGAAGUGUCAAAUGUGCUUCAUCAGCAGAUAAGAGUGAAGACUUUUCCAUCCUGGACAUUUGCAAUGAUCUGGAGAGUCUCAUUCUUAAACAGGGCUCUAGUCAAAAAGUAAAUCCUUUAGACAUUAUAACUGCUCUUUUCCAUUGCUCAGACAGUUUUCUUCAACAAGAGAUUUCCUUUAAAAUGUCAAUGUGCCAGUUCUCUGUGCCUCUGAUUCUUCCACACUGUGACAAACAACAGUGUAUGCUCAUGCUUUGGGCAAUGAGAGAUAUUGUGAAAAAGUUCAGACCUCAUUCUUUGGCUGAUCCUAAAGGGUUUGUAGAAGACAGGAUUGUUCAAUCCAACCUGCCCCUAGUGUCCUUUGUACGUCUUGGUGAAUGCAGCAUUUCCAAGUCUCAAAUUCUAAACAAGAUGCUUAGUAACCCACAGCAAUACCAUGACACAUUUGUACACCAUAACAUGGACUGUGGCAACAUUCCAAGACAAAUAUCGGAAGGCUUAGUGGAGAUCAGCUGGUACCUGCCAUGUGGAAAUAAAAACAUUGACAUAUUCCCAGAAGCUGUAGCUAUUGCAAACCUUAGAGGCGAUAUCAGUAAGUUUGAAACACAGUACUCAUUCCUUUGUCAGAUUUCCACUGCAGUUUUUGUGUUUUUUGAAAAUGUCAACUCAGAUUACCAGCUUCUGACCAACAAGCAUGUAAAAGCACAGUUGUUUUUGGUGGGUAAUGUACAGAAAGGCUUCAAAGUGGACUUCUUGAAAAAAACAGCUGAUGCACUGAACUUAAAAAAGAGCAGCAUUAUUUUAAAGACCAACCAAAAUGAUGCUGAUUUUGUCAAGGAUCUUUCUUCUGCAGUACGUGAUGUAGUAAAAAAUUGUCAGAAUUAUGUACAGCUGGAGAAGAUGACCGAAGUUGCCUAUGAGUUUGGGAUUUCAGUUGAUGAAGACAGUGAGGAAUGCCAGAGAGCCAAGGCCAAUGCAAUGGAGAUUACAAGCAAGAUAACAGACACAUUGACAUUUAAAGAAGAACAGCUUCCUUUGCAAGGUGAGAUCUGGAAGAAAUUAGGAAAAUUAGAGAAAGAGGAGUGCAGGCUUAGGAAAGCUGGAGAUAAAAACAUCGAGAUCUAUAAAGGUGAACUUAAAGAACAGAAAGAGGGACUCAGAAAGCAGCAGAGCACAAAAGAAAUGUCAGAAGCCAUGACCUGCUUUAUUACUGCCCUGUCAAGUUCAAGCCUUGAGAGGGCCUUCUUCUUAAAAUGGAUGCGAAUUAAUCUGGACAAUGUGUCGCGUGAAAAGCUCUCUUUCCUUAAAGAACUUUAUAAGGAAACAUUUCAAGAAUCUGCUGAGAAGAAGGAUGAAAUUGCAUUGCUUGAUAAACAGAUCUCAAACAGUGCUUUAGGUAUUGAACACUUCUUGAGGGAAAUGGGUCAGCUGUAUGAGGCUGCAGUCUCUCUUUCAGAGAAUUCCGGGUCACGAAAACAAAUGGAACACUUACCAAGACUGUGUGCUCAGCUCCUUUUGGAUGGGUUUCCUCUUGAACUAGUUGAUGGAGACGCUUCAAAUAUACCUCUAAGUUGGGUGAGUGAUGUCCUGAAAGAGCUAAAUAGUUUAGUCCAACUUAAGAAUAAGAUCCGAGUUGUUACAGUGUUGGGAGUCCAGAGCACAGGGAAGUCAACUUUACUAAACACCAUGUUUGGUGUUCAGUUUGCAGUCAGCAGUGGACGAUGCACAAGAGGAGCCUUUAUGCUUCUGAUAAAAAUCACAGACAGCUUUAGAAAAGAACUUAAAUGUGAUUAUUUGGUAAUUAUUGACACUGAGGGACUGAAAUCUCCUGAGCUUGCACAACUUGAUGACAGCCAUGAACAUGAUAAUGAACUAGCCACACUUGUGGUUGGAUUAAGUGAUGUUACCAUCAUUAACAUUGCCAUGGAGAACUCCACAGAAAUGAAAGAUAUUCUUCAGAUUGUAGUGCAUGCAUUCCUCAGAAUGAAAGAAGUGGGCAAAAAACCCAAGUGUGUGUUUGUGCAUCAGAAUGUGGCAGAUGUGUCAGCACACGACAAAAACAUGAGAGAUCGGAAACUUCUGCUAGAGCAGCUAAAUGAGAUGACAGAGGCAGCUGCCAAAAUGGAAAACAAAGAGAAUUAUAAUACGUUUACUGAUGUUAUGGAGUAUGAUCCAAAGACUGGAAACUGGUAUAUACCUGGAUUGUGGCAUGGUAAUCCACCAAUGGCACCCGUAAGUGCUGGCUAUUCUGAGGCUGUCUAUGAGUUUAAAAAGAACGUGUUGGACAUUCUUGGAAAGGACAAAAUACAUGCAAACUGCAUAGUUGAAUUUUUGGAAUGGACAAAAAGUUUAUGGAAUGCAGUAAAAUAUGAAAACUUCAUAUUCAGCUUUAGGAACAGCUUGGUAGCUGAUGCAUACAUGAAGCUGUGCACAGAAUUCCAUAAAUGGGAAUGGACAUUCAAAAAGCACAUGUAUACCUGGUUAACAAAGGCUGAAACGAGAGUGUCCAAUUUUGAGAUAAUGAAAUCUGAAUCUGACAAGUCAAACCUGCAAGAUUUACUACAUAUGCUGAGAAAGGAGGCAUCUUCUGAGAUUGAUAAAUGGGAAAAGACCAUUCUUAAAAACCUAACCAAAUACUUUGAACAAACAGACAGUCAUGUUUAUCUUGUGGAAAAGUACAGACAAGACUUUGUAAACAGUGCAAAAUCUCUGAGUAGAGAAUUAGAAAACUCAGUAAAGAAUGAAUUAGAAGCAGUAAUUGAAAUCAGAACAGGGAAGAACAAUCUCGGUCACAUUAGGAAAACACAUACUGACAAAAUGGAAAAGAAAGUGCUUAAACUUCUGGAGGACUAUCGGAAAGAUCAAAAGUCAGACUGUAUGACUGAAGAACAGCUUGACACCAUCUUUGAAAAAAUAUGGCAGGACACUGUUGAAGAGCUGGCAUUUAAGGGCUUGAAGAGACGAAACAUAUCUGACAGUGUUUCCAAACAGCUACGACUGAACAUGAAGCAAAAGGGCGGUUCAGUUUGUGAAAAGUUAAAUAAAAUUAAACUGGAUGUUUGUGGCCAAGAAAAAUUCAUUGCUACACCUGACAGUUUUCUAAAAAAUUUUUUGAAUCAUAUAUGUAAGUCUGAAUACAUAGUCAGACUACAAGAGGCGGCAGACAAUAUAAUUACCGCAUGUAUUCAGUUGCUUGAUGAGAAAAUAAUCAGAAGAUCAGAUUACCGUGAUACCAACAGUCAAGAGAUUCUACAUAAAAUAGAUGAAAAACUGACUGUGUACAAAAAUUUGGGAUUUUCAGACAACUUUGAGCUCGCUCUUAAACUCCACAUAUGUGGGAUUUCUGCUAGAAAAUUUCAGCACAUGCAUGACUGCUUUAUUGAAGAAAACGAUCCACGCCGAAGUCUUGAGCAAUUUAAACAUAAGUAUCUUGUUGAUUUCAAGGAUUUGUUCAACAACCGUGAUCAGUGUCAGAGGAAAGCUGAAGAAUUUACAAAUCUCUGCCUGCGCCCUGCAGUUGAGACAUUCAUCUAUAGAUCACUGGGACCAGACAUUAUUGACACAAUGCUGCAAGGAAAAAAUGCAUUUCAGUUUAGUACUCGUGCAUUUUUCCAGUACUCCAUUUUAAAACAACUUCUGAACGAGAACAAUUUUCAAAGCUAUGUGAGCUACACACGUUCGUAUGAGCAUUUUGUCAAGAAUUGGAUAUUAGAACAAAUUACAGAUACAUUUUCAACAGGAGACAAAAUUUUCAAGCUAGAAGAGCAUCAUCUCAAAGGAGCUAUAAUGGAAAUACAGGAGGCCAUCAGAAAAGCACAAAACGAAACACGUAAAAAUGAAACCAUCAAGGGAUUUAUCCAGAUCAUUUGCAGAGAACUUAGAGAAUUGCUUGUCAUUCCAAAAGAUGUCUUGGAAGCAGUCAUGGUUUUGAGUAAAGCAAAUCAAGAGCAAUUUGCUCACUGGCUUACACUGUCUGUCGAGGAAAUGAAGCAGUCAUUGACAGUAAAGUUUAAAAAGGAAAACAUUCAGAGCAAACUUGGAAAACUUAAAAUCAAACCACAAGACGAGCUGUUCAAGCGAGUGUUUGGCUGUGGGAAACAGUGUCCAUUCUGUAAAGCACCUUGUGAGGCAGGAGGAGAAGCUCACACAGAUCAUUGUGCUUCAGUACACAGACCUCAAGGACUUGGUUUAUACAGGUUUAAUGGCUCAAAGAAAUUAGUCACUUCCAUUUGUUCCACUGAUGUCAACAGCGAAAGAAGGUUCAGAUGCCUAGAAACUCAUCACGUGUACCAUCCUUACAAGAAAUACAGGGAGAUAUUUCCUGACUGGCACAUUCCUGCAGAUCCCAGCAUAGAUGCCUCAGACUACUGGAAAUAUGUGAUGGCAAAUUUCAAUGACAAGUUUGCUCAAGAGUAUGAUGCCAAGCCUGCAGACAUUCCCCCAGUCUGGAAGAAAAUUACCAAGGAGCAAGCAGAAAAAAGUUUGAAGGAAUCUUUUAGUAUCAAGUGAACACAACUGCCAUGUUUGAGGGAAAUUUUGCACUGCUUUAGCCAUUAUCAACUUUGAUUCACUUGGAUUAACUGCAGAAGUUAAAGAGACAGCUACAGAAAAAUCUAAAUUCAUUAUGUUAUGUUUACAGCAACGAUCAAUGAAAUUAUAGUAACUGAGUUAUGUUGAACUAUAGCAGGAUCCAUAGGUUAAGCAGAUAAAUGAAACAUCUUUACUAUUUGUACUGUUUACUGAUUAUUUUUUACUGAUAUUGAUACUGAUAUUGUUUUUGCAAAUGCUGAUAAGCCUAGCAUGAAACUUUAUAAUAUGUGUGUGUAGCAUAAAAAUGGUUUCUUAAUCAUCAUAAUAAUGGUGUGUGGUGACAUUUCAUGAUAUAAUCUGUCAUGGGUGUUGAUUUAACAAAUAGAGGGGUUAUUAACCAGUAUGUCAUUAAAGCAGUGAUCAUAAUACAAUCACACUCUUAUACUGUAUAGAUGUGCUUAACAA